UAUCGAUAACUGUUAAUAAAGUAAUAAACACUAAAAGUACGUUAUAUUAGGUAAUAUUACAAAAUUUAUUCUAUAGAUAAAUUAAAAAUUGAUAUUUAUUAAGAGAUAUAUACAAUGGCAGAUACAGGUACAGACAAUAAUGAUCAUGUAAAAACUAAUGAAAGAUUUUCUCGCAAUCGUGAACGUGGUUCUGGUAGUAAAAAUCGUGACGGAUUUUUUAAGCAUAGCGACAGACGAAAUGAAUUUUAUAAUCCACGAGGAUCAAAUAAAUAUCGUUCUGAAUCGUACGGAGGAAGUAGUUCAAAUGAUAACAGUUUUAAUAAAAACCCAUACAAACGAAAUUGGACUCCACCGCAAGGAGAUGAAAAAAGAAAGAGGUUAGAAGUUGGUAAUCGUCUCAAAGAACCUGACAUUGGUGUAACAGAAUUUAUAGGAGAUCACCUUGGAUUUCCUGGUCUAGUUAAAGAAAGAUACAGCGAUUUCCAUGUCAAUGAAAUAUCUCUUGACGGUGAAGUUGUUAAAUUAACUAAUCAAGAAAUUCCUAGCGAGCCCGAAGAAACUGAAACUUUAGAUGAUUUAAAGAAAUGUGUUCCUGAUAACAUAUGGGAACAAUUGCAAGCAUUAAAGGAAGAAGAACCAUCUAGUUCGACUAUUGAAAUUGAUGUUACUAAUAUACAUAAAGAUGUAAGAAGAACCAUUCAUGAAAUUGCUAAAAGACUGGCAAAUGUUACGAGCCAAACUAUUGAUCAAAAUGAUAAAAAACUCAUGGUAAUGAUGAAAACUACUAAAGGAAAUAAAAGUAAAAAUGAUCAUAGGUUCCGUCUUGAUGAUAGAGUUAAUUGGAAGAAACACGGAGGAGAUUAUUGUUACUUUUCAUUGCAUAAAGUAAAUAUGGAUACUAUGGACGCUUUAAAUCAAAUGGCAAUGAUACUACGCACUAGACCAAAUAAUUUUAGUUACGCUGGAACUAAAGACCGUAGAGCAUGGACUACUCAAUGGGUUAGUUUGAAAAAAACACCUCCUAAAAAAAUAUUACGCGCAGGAUAUGCGAUACGUGGUGCCUAUGUAGGAAAUUUCAAAUUUGAAAAAGUACCACUGAAGUUAGGUAUGUUGAGAGGUAAUCGAUUUAGAAUUGCAAUAAGAAAUGUUAUUGCAUCAAAUGAAGAAAUUGAAAAGGCUAUGAUAUCGUUACGCGAUCGUGGUUUUAUUAAUUAUUAUGGUCUUCAAAGAUUUGGCACAGUUGCUGCCAUUCCAACUCACGAAAUAGGAAAGAAAUUGCUACAGGGUAAAUGGAACGAAGCAAUAGAUUUGAUUUUAAAACCUCGAGAAGGUGAAAAAGAUCAAGGCUUGGCAGAAGGUAGGAAAAUAUACGAAACUACUAAAGAUGCACAUGCAGCAUACAAUAAAAUUCAAAGAUCUGACAAAAUUGAAGCAACCCUUUUAAAAGGUUUAACAAUAUGUACAGAUAAAAAUCCUCAAGGAGCAUUAGAUUUGUUACCGCGAAAUAUUCGUUUAAUGUAUAUUCAUGCUUAUCAAAGUUUCAUAUGGAAUCAAAUAGUAUCUAAAAGAAUCAAAGAAUUUGGUACACGUCCUAUCGUUGGUGACUUAGUAUAUCAAAAUAAGUUGGAAAAUAAAUGUUUGGAGGAACAUUCCGAACAAUUUUCUCAAGAUAAUACAGAAGAUGAUAUCUUAGAUAAUGACGAAACCAAUAAUUCUCCGAAAGAAGAUCAAGAUGAAAUGAUAACUGAAACAUAUGAAGAAGAUAUUGAAAACGAUGACAAAGAGUCUAACAACGAUAUUAAAGAAGUUACAAAUGCUACAGAAAUUAGCCUUAAGAUAGAAGAGAAAUCUGACGAAAGUAAUACUGUUGAAAAUAAAGAAGAGCAAGAAGACUUGAGUCAUAUUCCUUCUGUUAAAGUUCUUACUGAAGAAGACUUGCCAAAUUAUACAUUGGAUGAUGUAAUAAUGCCACAACCAGGUUGGAAAGUGACUUAUCCUCCAUAUGCCAAGCCUUGGUUUGAUGAAAUUUUAGCAAAAGAUGGAUUGACUACUGAUUUAAGACAAAAUAACAAGAAAUACAGUUUAGGUGGAGCUUACAGAAAAAUAUUACAAAUCCCAAAGGACUUAUCUUGGAAAAUAAUGCACUAUAAAGCUAAGCAUGAUAAUCUUAUUUCCAGUGACAUAGACGAAAUGAGGAAGGUUACUCCUCCAAAAGACGAUCCUGAGGGAGAAUUUAAAGCGUUAAUAGUAGAAAUGAGUUUAAGUGCAAGCACUUAUGCCACAAUGGCAUUACGCGAAAUAUUAAAACACGAUACGUCACCACAAAUACAGGCUGCACAAUCAGCAGCUCAUGAUGCGCUUGUAGAAAGUAAUAAAACUAUUGAUGGUGAAUCAGAAACAAGCAAUAGUGAUAAUAAAAAUACUCAAGGAAAAGAAAUGGAAAAAGAAGAAUCUGAACGGUCGGAUAAAAUUGAUGAUAAAAUGGAUGUUGAUCAAAAUCCAAAAGAAUUUUCUGUAGAAGAAAAAUGCCUAGCCGAAUCUGAGACAGAAAUGCAAGUAGAAAUGGUCACUGAUGACGUAGAAAUGAAUUAAG